AUGAGCAGAAACAAGUUCAACCUCAAGCUCUCGUCGUUGUCCAUACGGCGCAACCAGCAGCCGGAGGACGACGAGGAAUUGCUCUUGAAUAUCCUCCCGUCCUACCAAAUGUACCAGUCGACGGUGUCCAAACACUUGACCCCCACCAGCGAAGACAUGAGAACAGACCCCCCCGGGUACGAGUUGACGCCCCAGACUUCCAACGCCUCCAACGCCUCCAACAACUCGGUGGAGUACUUGCGCUCGUUGCCCACGUCGCCUGUCAAUAACCCCCAAGAGUUCCUCGAUGCCGCCAGCGGAUCGGUGGCCCAGUUCGACGAUACCAUCCUCGAAAACGUCCACAAAUUGAAAAGGUUGACCUCCAUCAACAAGGAGCUCUCCAAGUCACUCAACAUCCAAAUCUACUUGACUGAAAAAAUCGGCAAAAUCGGCGAAAAGCCCAAGAUCAUCGACCCCCUAGGCGUGGAACUCAGACAGGGCGACUACAUCUUUGGCUACAUUCUAGUCACAAACAAGACAAAGCAGGAUAUACCGUUCGACAUGUUUUCGGUGGUGUUGGAGGGCCUGAUCACCUAUGGUAACAUGAAAAACAGCAUUGUGCAGCCCCCAAGCCACAUCGUCCGCUUCUUGAACAUGUUUGAUUUCAACGCUUCCUGGAACGACGCCUGCUUGGACAGAUUGCCUUCGGACCACAACAACCCCUACAUCCCCAUAAACGAGAUUGACCCAGUCGAUGGUACCCACGUCAACUUCAAUUACAAAAAGAUCUUAGAACCAAAUAUCACCUACAAAAAAUUCUUCACCUUCAGAAUGCCUGAAAAGCUUUUAGAUAGUACGUGUGAGCAUGGACUCGUCAAGCAUUUGCAAAUCCCUUCUUCAUUGGGUAUUUCUAAAAAUGAAAUUAUCACUGCAUUGAGAAGAAAAUGGAAGGAGAAUGACGAGAGUAAUGAGGAAUCCGCUCGUGAAAGAGUGAAGAAUGUCACAUAUGCAUCUAUUACUAAUGACUUUGCAUUCCAGGAUUGUUCUAUAGAUUUCAGCAUAAGUGCAAGAAUUAUCGGUAAGGCUUCAGAUUACGAGCAUUUGGUCCAGAGAAAUGCCUUGCCUCAUUUAAAUCCCACGGGUGACGAAUAUGUGGUUGCCAAUGAAGAUUACUGUUACCUUAGAGUCAUUAACGUGACAAACUCGAUCUUUGAAUCCAAUAGGUCCAUGAUAAAUGAAGAAGCAAAAUUAAUCUACGAUAACAUGAUUAACAAAAUCAAUGAGAAAAUUGUGCUUGGUAAAGAAUUGAUGUCUCGUGAACAGAAAGCCUCCUUAAACACUUCCAUCGCUAAUUUGCAACAUUCAGAAAGCUCGACAAACCUCCAACCAACAUCUAGUGCAGCAGAGUUAGCCAAAAUGCAACAAUCUUACUACAAAAAGGUCAAUCCAACACACCAAAGAGUUCAUCGCGAUAAUGUUUAUGAAGUAUUCAUGCCUUACAAAAAGAAAUCGGUGUUUGGAACCUCCAAAAUCAUUGGAUUAAUUGCAUGCUCCACCCCAAAAACUGAGUACAGAGUCAAUUACAACCCGUUAGAUCGAUUCAAGAAACCCAACGAUCCUAUUCCACCAACAGAAGUCAAGAUUCCUAUUGAUUUGACUUUUGUUUUUUCAGAUAAUCACAGUACCAUUCUUCCCGAUUUGAAAAGAAUUUCAGUAGAAUUGGUAUGUUUAACCAUCAAGUCUAAGAGCUUGCCAAUUCCUGUGGUGUUUCAUCCUGAUAUGCUAUUUGAGAACAAGAGUAAAGGUACUGACAACUUUGACUUGGUAACGAUCCGCAAAUUUCAAAAGUAUGCUAUUGAAUUAUCCAAAAUCAUCAAAGAGGUUGGAUUUGAAGCGCUCGAAAUGGACAAAGAGUUGAUCCAAGAUGUCAAGUGCUUGGCUAACUUAUCCUCGAAGUACGAUCACCUUAAGAUCACGAACACUAAAAUAGAACCAUUAGAUUCAAGUGACUCCCACAACUUCCUAUCCUCAAUACCUUGGGAGUCGGAAACUUUGACCAGCUCCACCUCUACUGGUCAGGUGGAGGAGCAGAUCAAGUACUUCAAGAAGUUCAAUUUGAAGGUAGAUAUCAAGAACGCAGUUCCAAGCUUGUCUACUGCCCCCGAAUUUUGUUUGGUGCCAGAUUUCCAGUCAUGUUUGUUGUCAAGAUUAUACUACUUGAAGGUGAACUUAAAGUGUCCAAAUGGUGACAAAAUUGCAUUCAGAGUUCCAUUGGUUUUGCAAAAGCCAAAUUCCACCCGGGGUAUGGGUGUGAAGAUAGAAAUAUAG